CGCCGCCCUGAGCGGCUCGGCCCUGCCCCCGAGGCUCGGCUCCGCCCCGCCAGCCGGCUGCGCGGUCGUCGGGAGACCUCGCCCCAGUCGGCCGUUCCGCCUGCUCCAGUCAAAGUGGGCACUGUCGCUCUCAGCCCCGGCAGCCCGCGGCCGUCUCCAGACGACACUGCAGCCCACCAUGAGUCUUGACAUCCACUGUGAGCAGCUGAGUGAUGCCAGGUGGACAGAGCUCCUCCCCCUGAUCCAGCAGUACCAAGUGGUCAGGCUGGAUGACUGUGGCCUCACUGAGGUGCGGUGCCAGGACAUUAGCUCUGCACUUCGGGUCAACCCUUCCCUGACAGAGCUCAGCCUGCGCACCAAUGAGUUGGGUGACGCCGGGGUGCAUCUAGUUCUCCAGGGCCUGCAGAGCCCCAUCUGCAAGAUCCAGAAGCUGAGCCUCCAGAACUGCUGCCUGACGGAGGCUGGCUGUGGGGUCCUGCCUGGCGUGCUGCGCUCCCUGUCCACCCUGCGAGAACUGCAUCUCAACGACAACCCUCUGGGGGACGCAGGCCUGCGGCUGCUCUGUGAAGGGCUCCUGGACCCCCAGUGCCAUCUUGAGAAGCUGCAGCUGGAGUACUGCAACCUCACGGCCGCCAGCUGUGAACCUCUGGCCACGGUGCUCAGGGCCAAGCCCGACUUCAAGGAGCUCACAGUGAGCAACAAUGACCUGCAGGAGGCUGGCAUCCAGACGCUCUGCCAAGGCCUGAAGGAUUCUGCCUGCCAGCUGGAGAUGCUCAAGUUGGAGAACUGCGGUGUCACAGCGGCCAACUGCAAGGCUCUGAGUGCUGUUGUGGCUUCCAAGGCUUCGCUGCAGGAGCUGGACCUGGGCUGCAACAAGCUGGGUGACGAGGGCAUCGCAGAACUGUGCCCAGCGCUGCUGUGUGCCAGCAGCAGGCUUAGGACCCUCUGGCUCUGGGAGUGCGGCAUCACCGGCGAGGGCUGCAAGGACCUCUGCCGUGUCCUCAAGGCCAAGCAGAGCCUCAAGGAGCUCAGCCUGGCUGAAAACCAGCUGGGGGAUGAGGGCGCCCGGCUGCUGUGCGAGAGCCUGCUGGAGCCUGGCUGCCAACUGGAGUCGCUGUGGGUCAAGACCUGCGGCCUCACAGCUGCCUGCUGCCCCUACUUCCGCUCGGUGCUGGCCCAGAACAAGUUCCUCCUGGAGCUGCAGAUCAGCAGCAACCAGCUGGGCGAUGCCGGUGUGCAGGAGCUCUGCCAGGGCCUGAGCCAGCCGGGCGCCGUGCUGCGGGUGCUCUGGCUGGGCGAGUGCAACGUGACCGACAGUGGCUGUGACACCCUUGCUACGGCUCUGCUGGUCAACCGCAGCCUGCGGGAGCUGGACCUGAGCAACAACUGCGUGGGGGACCCUGGCAUACAGCGGCUGGUGGAGAGUCUCCGGCAGCCUGGCUGUGUCUUGGAACAGCUGGUCCUGUAUGACAUCUACUGGACUGAGGAGAUGGAAGAGCAGCUGCGGACCCUGGAGGGACUCAAGCCGUCCCUGAGGGUCAUCUCCUGAGUUCCUGCUUGCGGUUUCUGAAAUCUACCUGGACACCGCAUCCUCAGUCCCUCCUGGGGCUCUUACUCCUGGUGUCCUGGCUUUGACUGGGAAGAAAUGCCCUAACCCAGUACUUCAGCAAGAGAGCUUGAGACCCUGCAUAGUUAUUAAAGCACUUGUUGGCAGGAG